CACGGAUUUCCCUGUGGUGCGAGUGCAUUUGGAAACACGCUAUGCCAAAGAGUGUGUUACCAGGGUAAUAUGACCCUGGUAAUAUAUGUAUACUUAGAUCUUUCUUUUAUGAAGAAAUCCGCAUAUGUUCCUAUUUCCACCGCUCCCAAAUCGUCACUAGCUUACCGAAGCUAGUUUGACGAACAUAUUCUUUUAUCGCCUACAUCUACAUCUGCAUCAGUAUUUUAAAUUUAUUUGUGCACAGCCACACAGAAAGUUUGGUCACAUGAUAUGUUCACCUGACAAAAUCACAGUUUUCAUUGAGGAAUUCUGACGAAUUGUGUUUUCUUAAACUUUGUUCUCUCAUAAAAGUGGUUUAACAAAAAUUAAAAAAAUGAAAAUCUGUGGUCCCAAGCUAUCUCUUUGUGGUCUUAUUAUCUCUGUUUGGGGUAUUGUCCAAUUGGUUUUAAUGGGUUUAUUCUUCUACAUAAAUAGUGUAGCCCUCAUUGAGGACUUACCUCUUGAAGAGGAAUACCAUUCGUUGGAAGAUUUUUAUGCAGCUGCAAAUAGAGCAUACAAUCAGAAUGCCUACAACUGCUGGAUUGCCGCAUGUAUCUAUGUUUUGACUUUGUUGCUCUCCGCCCAGCAAUUUUACAUGAAUAGCAGAGUAACUGCUAACUAAUAAUUUGAAAUGUAGUUUCCCAACUACUUACAACUAGUAUUGAAAUUUUCUCUUCAAUGUAUUUGUUAGAGGUGUUUUCGUUUUAAUAAAGUUAAAGUUCAAUUUAAA